GUUGAGGUGGCUGAGCACUGAGUGCGGCCUCUCUAUGGUCACGGGCCUGGGGCAUUCUCCUCCGCCUCCCCCAUCUUCUCCUGAGGGUCUCAGGUUACUUCCGGAAGUGAAGAAUUCACCUGCGCCUCAGCUUCCGCGGGGUUCGGGGGCCCGGGCGCGAUGGCCGGGCUGGCCCCGGGACCAGAGAAAGGAUGGGCUGAUGCUUGACGGAGUUUCCUGAGUCUGGAAUUUUCUAUGUCUCGGGGUCCUGGAACUUGCUAAGCGAUGGAGGAGGCCGAGGAAACGGAUGGGCUCAGGACAGGCCCGGAAAGGGAUGCUGCUACCCACAGCCCCCGCCCACAGAUCUCGGUCAGUGAGUUUUCCUGCCACUGCUGCUACGACAUCCUGGUGAACCCCACCACCCUGAACUGUGGGCACAGCUUCUGCCGCCACUGCCUGGCUUUAUGGUGGGUGUCCUCAAAGAAAACAGAGUGUCCGGAAUGCAGAGAAAAGUGGGAAGGCUACCCCAAAGUCAACAUUCUCCUCAGGGAUGCCAUUGAGAAGCUGUUUCCAGAUGCCAUUAGGAUGAGGCGUGAAGACAUCCAGCACAACAGUGACAUCAUCCAAAGUCUCGCGGCUUUUCAGAGGCUCGGGAAUGACCAGCUGCCUUCGGCUCCCAACACAGGCCGCAUGAACCAGCAGAGAGGAGGGGGCUUCUUCUCCGGGGUGCUCACUGCAUUAACUGGUGUGGCAGUAGUCCUGCUGGUGUACCACUGGAGCAGCAGAGAGUCCGAACAUGACCUUCUGGUCCACAAGGCCGUGGCCAAGUGGACGGCGGAAGAGGUUGUCCUGUGGCUGGAGCAGCUGGGCCCGUGGGCCUCCCUCUAUAGAGACAGGUUUCUAUCUGAAAGAGUAAAUGGAAGAUUGCUUUUAACUUUGACAGAGGAAGAAUUUUCCCAAGCACCUUACACCAUAGAAAACAGCAGCCACAGAAGAGUCAUCCUCACGGAGCUAGAGCGUGUGAAAGCCCUCGGCGUGAAGCCCCCCCAGAACCUCUGGGAAUAUAAGGCAGUGAACCCCGGCCGGUCCCUGUUCCUGCUCUACGCCCUCAAGAGCUCCCCGCGACUCGGCCUGCUGUACCUGUACCUGUUUGACUACACAGACACCUUCCUGCCCUUCAUCCACACCAUCUGCCCUCUGCAAGAAGACAGCUCUGGGGAGGACCUUCUCAGCAAGCUUCUGGACCUGAGGGAGCCUACCUGGAAGCAGUGGAGGGAGUUCCUCGUCAAGUACUCCUUCCUGCCAUACCAGCUGAUGGCGGAGUUCGCCUGGGACUGGCUGGAGGUCCACUACUGGACCUCGCGGUUCCUCAUCGUCAACGCCAUGCUCCUCUCCGUUCUGGAACUGUUCUCCUUCUGGAGGAUCUGGUCAAGAAGUGAAUUGAAGACAGUACCUCAGAGGAUGUGGAGCCAUUUUUGGAAGGUGUCCACGCAGGGGCUGUUCGUGGCCAUGUUCUGGCCCCUCAUCCCACAGUUCGUGUGCAACUGUUUGUUUUACUGGGCCCUGUAUUUCAAUCCGAUCAUUAACAUUGAUCUCGUGGUCAAGGAAGUGCGGCGGCUGGAAACCCAAGUGUUGUGACUGGCGUUGUGGCGGGGCGUGGCCAUCUUCCCGACCCGACACCUGUGCCCACAAGGGGCGGAGGGAGCGAACUUCCUGCUUCUACCCCUGGUAAAAGCAAGGUGCUGCUGCUGAUCGAAGGCUUCAGCCAGGUCCUCUCCCUCAUCCUGUGGCACAGGGGCAGCAGAGACCGAUGUCCCAGUGCCCAAGGACCAUGGAGGUGACAGGAGAGCAGCCCCUCCCACCAGCUCCUUUCUCUCGGGGUCUGGGGGGAGCCUGCCAGGAUGGCUGGAGGACUCAGGGUCUUCAAGGGACACCGCAGGCCAUCAGCAGUACCCCCCCCCCAAACUCCGUGAGGACAGAGGUGCCCAGAGCCUCUGGCCAGGCUCUAGGUAAGGCCCACCCUGUGAGCCAAGUGUAGGGAAGCAAGGAUAAGAUUUUGCCAUAGGCACAGAUAUCAACAUAGGAAAACCCAGAAAUCAGUCGGCCUCUCUGUUGCGCACCGCUAAGGAACUCAGAUGAAGAGUGGUAGCUGUUUUCUGCAAUCAUUGGAAGUUUGCUCCCUUUCUGUUGGGGGGCACCUACUGGGGUGUCAGGCAUUUCAGGCUGAGCUGAUGCAGGCACCUUCCAAGUAUUGCUUGGGCGCUUUGUUUUGUUCUUAAGAAUUUGACCUGUAAAAUAUACCCAAGGUAGUCUUUGUUCAAGAAAACAUUUUCUAAGUUGACCUCACACUGUAUAAUGUGUAGUCUUUAUUGUCCCAUUCUGCAUAAACAGCAGGCCUAAUUGCUGUAAUUGUGACUUGGGGGGGGCUGGCAGGGGGACCUCCCAUUUCCUCCCCUGUGCAAACAGCAGGUAAAUGAACUAUGAGCUCAUCAAGGUUGGCUUC